AUUCGGCGCGUGGCGGCUUCGUCGAUCGACGAUGAAGCGUGGCUGAAGGAUGACGAGCGAGGCGGAGGCACCGCUACAACGCCGCCGUCACCGCCGCCACCACCACCACCACCACCGCCACCUCCACCUCCUCCUCGUCCUCCUCUUCCCCCGCCGCUCGCCGAUCGCGAUGCUCACCGCGGCCGUGACUGCGUGGGCCGUGGCCGUGGCGACUCUCCCGGCCGCGGCCGAAGCUCGCGGAGCCCCGCGUGCUCACGGCGGCGGCCGAGGGGGUGGCUCCCGGCAGGGCUACCCGGUGCUCAACAUCGCCGUGAUCUACGCGGGCCGCUCCUCGCAGCUGCUCGACGUGAAGCACGUGCUGAGCGGCGGGCAGUUCCUCGACAUGCCCAUGGACGUGAACGUGGCGGUGACGCGCACGGUGAACGGCACGAAUCCGCGGGACGUGAUCAUCCAGAUCUGCGACGUGCUGUCGAGCGUGCGGCUCCACGGGGUCGUUUUCGGCGACGAGACCGAGAGGGAGGCGCUCGCCCAGAUCCUCGACUUCAUCUCCUCGCAGACGCUCAUCCCCAUCAUCGGUAUCCGAGGAGGCUCGGCCGUGGUCAUGACUAAAAAGGAGGAGGAGUCGAUCUUCCUGCAGUUCGGUGCCACUGUGCAGCAGCAGUCGCGCGUCAUCAUGCGCAUCAUGGAGGAAUACGACUGGCACAGCUUCUCGGUGGUCACGUCACACUACACCGGGUACCAGGACUUCAUCUACCACCUGCACAUCACCGUGGAGAGCAGCUACGUAGGCUGGCACCUCGACCGCAUCAUCCCCCUCGACCUACUCGACCGCGACAGCGACGACCAGAUCAAGGCGAAGCUGCGCAGCAUUCAGACGCAGGUGGUCGUUCUCUACUGCUCGAUGGCCGAGGCCGAGUACCUGUUCCGCGUCGCCGAGACCGUGGGACUCACUGGCUUCGGUUACGUGUGGAUUGUGCCGGGACUGCGUUGGUCCGAGUCGGAGAGACGUCCCCCGGGACACUUCCCGACGGGCAUGGUGACCAUCUCGUACGACGACGAGCGGCGGGGGCUCGCGCAUCGCGCCAUGGAAGGGGUGGCCGUCGUGGCCACGGCCGCCUUCAACAUGUUCGUCGAGUUCGGCUUCAUCCCCGAGUCGAAGCUCAACUGCAACAACACCAACGCCUUCAACAGCUCUCUGUGGAGCACCUUCUACAGGUGCCUGCGGAACAUCACGUGGAGAGGCAGGGACCUGUCCUUCAACAGCAACGGCUACCUGGAGAAGCCGUCGAUGACGGUGAUGGCCCUCAACAACGAGCGCGUAUGGGAGAAGGUCGGCAAGUGGGAGAACGAGAUGCUGGCGCUCAAGUACCCGAUCUGGCCGCGGUUCGGAAAGCCUCCGUCGGGCGCCGACGAUCGCCACCUGAGCGUGGCGACCCUCGAAGAGGAGCCCUUCGUCAUCGUGGAAGACAUCGACGCCGUCAUGGGCAACUGCCUGCGCAACACCGUUCCCUGCCGCCAGCAGACGCGCAACAUCGGGAACCUGACCGACACUGGCUCCUACAUCAAGCGCUGCUGCAAGGGCUUCUGCAUCGACAUCCUCAAGAAGCUCGCCAAGGGAGUGGGGUUCACCUUCGACCUCUACCUCGUGUCCAACGGAAAGCACGGCAAGAUGGUGCAGGGCCUGUGGAACGGCAUGGUCGGAGAGGUGCUGUACAAACGGGCGGACAUUGCCAUCGGCUCGCUCACCAUCAACGAGGAGCGCCAGGAGGUCAUCGACUUCUCGGUGCCCUUCGUCGAGACGGGCAUCAGCGUCAUGGUGUCCAUCUCCAAUGGAACCGUGUCGCCCUCCGCCUUCCUGGAACCCUACAGUGCUGCCGUGUGGGUCAUGAUGUUCGUGCUGUGCCUCUCCGUCGUGGCCAUCGCUGUCUUCGUGUUUGAGUACAUCAGCCCCAAGAGCUACGAUCGCAACUUGGCCAACGGAGCCACUCCGGGAGGACCGUCGUUCACCAUCGGCAAGUGCGUGUGGCUCCUGUGGGCGCUCGUGUUCAACAACUCGGUGCCCGUGGAGAACCCGCGAGGCACCUCCAGCAAGAUCAUGGUGCUCGUGUGGGCCUUCUUCGCCGUGAUCUUCCUCGCCAGCUACACGGCCAACCUGGCCGCCUUCAUGAUCCAGGAGGAGUACAUCGACCAGGUGUCGGGUCUCAGUGACAAGAAGUUCCAGAAGCCCACGGAGCAGUACCCGCCGCUGCGCUUCGGCACGGUGCCCAACGGCAGCACGGAGCGGAACAUCCGCAACAACUACCCCGAGAUGCACGCGUACAUGUCGCGCUACAACCAGCGCACCGUCGAGGACGCCCUGCUCAACCUCAAGGCCAGCAAGCUGGAUGCGUUCAUCUACGAUGCCGCGGUGCUCAACUACAUGGCGGGCAAGGAUGAGGGCUGCAAGCUGGUGACCAUCGGCAGCGGCAAGGUCUUCGCCACCACGGGCUAUGGCAUCGCGCUCCAGAAGGGCUCCAAGUGGAAGCGCAACAUCGACCUCACCGUGCUGCAGUUGCUGGGUGAUGAUGAGCUGGAGGAGCUGGAGACCAUCUGGCUGGCAGGCAUCUGCAAGAAGGAGAAGAACGAGGUGAUGAGCAGCAAGCUAGACGUGGACAACAUGGCGGGCGUUUUCUACAUGCUGCUGGUGGCCAUGGGCCUCAGUCUGCUCGUCUUCCUCGCCGAGCACAUCUUCUACCGGCGUGUGGGCCGUGCGGGCCGCAAGGCCUCCAUCAACCCCACGCCACGCAUUCUGCUCGCUAUUAGCAGGGGCAUCUACAGCUGCCUGUACGGCGUGGAGGUGAGCAAGGACAAGGGGCUAUUUGCGCUGGCGCAGCAGGAGAGCCAGGACGAGCAUGCCAACGUCAACCGCCUGCUGCGCGCCGCCCGCAGCAUCGUCCGCAUCGUCAACCGCAAGAAGCGCAGCGAGCAGCGGGCCAAGGCGGCCGCGGCGGCAACCGGGAGCGUCGGGGGCGGCUCCUCGCGGGGGCUCGCCGCGCCGUGCGGCUCGUGCGGCUGCUGCGAGCGCGGGCCGCUGGCAAGAGCCGCCCACGGGGGCCGCCGAGGCCCGGCCGCCAUCAUCCUCAAGAGGCACGGGCUCUCCGACGGCGGCCGGGCCGCGUACAGCGUUCGCGGCCCGGGCGGGGGGCCCUGCCCGUUGCACCGCGACUGCCGGCGCAGCGCCCCCAAGCCGCUGCCGCUGCCGGUACCACUGCUGGCGCCCGAUGCGGUCGGCGGGCCGCACAGCCCACGGCUCGUGGUGGCGCUGGGGCCCGAUGCGUGGCCCCGCUCGCUCGGCGCUGACGGCGGUUGCUCGACCAACCACGACCGGCGCUCGCACAGCAACUGGGAGACGGACAGUGACAACUGGUUGUUUAUCACACGCAGCCCACGAGGAACCGCCGCCUCCGCCGGCACGGGCGGCUUCGGCGAUUCGCCGAGUUCGGCGGUCGGCGCCUCGGACGCCGCGGAUGGCGCCGUCCCCGUGUGGAACUGCCCGCUGCACGGCUUCGCGAUGCCGCCGCGGCCGCCCCCGUUGCCGGCGCCACCUCAGCCCCUGCCGCUGGACCCGACGCGCGGGCCGUGGGGGCCCGGCGGCGGCGGCGGCUGGGGCGUCGGCCUCCCACACGCGGGCGAGUCGUUGCCGUCGCGCAGCCUGGAGGAGCUGCGCGGCGGCCCCGAGUCGCCGGGCGACGCCGACGUUGACCUCAUCCCCGAGAAGGCGCGGCGGCGGCCGCUGUGCCGGCGCAAGCGGAAGAGCCGCCUACAGGGGCACAGGCGGCGAGCGCUGUCCCCGCCGUUUUGCCCGGCGGCCAAGCGAGCGAGCAGGACAGGCUGCCAAGGCGUCGGCGCCGGCGUCGGCGCCGGCGUCGGCGCCGUCGGCGCCGCGGCAGCGGCGGUGCCGUACAACCCGCGCGACAGCUCGUCGUUCGAGCGCUACGGCCGCCCGUCGGUGGAGAGUUACGACCUCGACGACGACUGCGAUGACGACGAGGGCGACGAGGACGUGGAGUCGUUCUCGGAGCGCGACUCGUACACGGCGUCCGAGUCGCUGUACGGGCUGUCGCCGCCGGGCGGCGGCCACUGGUACGCCGACUCGGAGCGCAGCACGUACUGCGAGCGGCGAAGCGACAACCGCGGACGACGCCCUCAGCUGCAGCCCCGCCGGGAGCGGCGGUACGGCCGGCCACCAGCACCGGCCGCCGCCGUACACCACCGUGGACGGACGUUCCUGGAUGGGCUACGGGGCUGGGUUUUCGAGACGGAGGCACCCGGCGGAGGUUCAGUGCAGGGCGGCUGCGGUGGCGGCGGUGACGGCGGCGCCCUGGCAUACGGCGGACCAGAGACAACACCGAACUCUGCCGCGCGAUUUCCCCACGCACAAGGACAAAUCGAGAUCUAUGCAUACGACUCUGUUGGGCUACGACGACGUUAG